AUGUCAGAUGAUCACACUUCGAGCUCAUUCAACGACGAGACACCUACGAGUCUAUUCGUUGAGAUCACCCAAAGUGCACGGCUUCUCGAGCUUCCUCUAGAAAUCAUCUCAGAAAUCUAUCGGGCCCUAGCAAGAACUCACAGACCUCAACGCCAGGUUCAUGGAUCAAAACACAUCGCGUCCAAAGCACCGAAUUUAGGCUGGCUAUAUCUCACGCACGCAUGUCGUUUACUUCGCGACAUUGGCAUAGGCAUGCAUGCACUGUGGGCCGAGGACCUUUCCGUGCUUCCUCGCGCGUUCGACGUCUUUCUGAAGCGUUCACGCAAUGCGCCGCUGCAUAUCAAGGUUGACACUUUCGGGUACGAGGACCACAUCGCCGAGACUGCUCCCCGACUGCUUUCUCAAGUUGAUCAUCUUGAAUAUCGCGUACGACCAUUCCUUGGAAGUCACCAGACCAAUAUCUUCCUGCAAGCCCUCAGAGAGCGUCCGUUGCCGGCUCGGAUAAUGCUACUUGACGUCAGCGUGUCGCCUACCUUGUCGGACGAUCUUCCAUUGGACGUUGGCAACAAACCAUUUGACGCUCCCGCCUUGCGUUCACUUAAUAUUCGGUCCCAGCCCGUCCCUUUUCGAGCCCCAAAUCUACAAUCCCUCGAUCUUCACUCGUGUACCAGCUUUACGCCGGAGAGACUAUGCAUCGCUCUGCGAGAGCUUCCCCUUCUUCGACAUCUGACAUGGAGCAACUGCAGUUCGGAAUUAUGGCGUGCCCAGUUAGAAGACGACGAUGGACCGCAUCUAAAGCCCGUCCACCUCCCGCAUCUAGAAUCCCUCGAUGUUGUCGACACGAGUGCAGGGCUUUUGCUACUGGGAUCCACUCUAGUACAUCCCAGACUUCGACCCACUGGAACGAAGCCCGUUUGCAUAGGCAUCAAUCAUUUUCCGGAUCGCUGGCCCAAUAUUCGCUCGGAGACCAUCGAAGUGUGCGCCGCUCUACAAUCACGAUUACCCGCAUACGCGCCAUACUCGCACGCCCUCACCAUACCGUUCUCAUUCUCGUUCUGGAAGGGCUGUCACGUUCUACUCAGUGACAUAUGGGAUCCCUCAGCACAAAGUUACCACAGCUUCGCGCACACUAUCUUUGCAUCGACGUGGUCAGGCCAGGACAGUCACGAGUGGGCGGUUCCUCUGCCGACCCUCAUUAAGGGAGCCACGUCCUCUAUUGCUUUCCAUAUCAGUCAUCUGUACAUCCUUGGUCGCAUUCCACAGCCCGUUCGAGAUCGCGAACGCUACCCCGGAGAGCCUGAAGACACCAUGCGCGAUGCCUUCGGCGCUCUAAGGAACGUCAGAGAGCUCUACGUCAGCUAUGAAGCACGAGGCGUAUUCCGUGUCCUGCGCUGUCAAGGUUCUCCCGAUGUCCCCAAUGGCAAGGACGACCAUGUCAUUUUCCCACUCCUGGAAACGAUAGUCGUGGAUAACUUCGACACGAGCAAACACCGAGGAUGGGGCGAAGGAACAACGCAGGUUAACUACGAAGGCAACUACCACAUUGAAAAGUGGCAAGUCGGCCACCUUACAGCCGGCUGGUGGGCCGACUGUUGCGCCAUGCUCGAGAGUCGUGCCUUGCAUGGGCACAAGUUACGUCGUUUGGUGCUUCGAGGGCGUACGUGUCAUAUAGCAGUAUAUGAGCGAUACGAUCGCGAGAAGCGGGAGACGAAGGGCCAUAUGGAGGAUAUUGGAUCCCUGAACCUGUCGCAAUGGGUGGACGAGGUAAUAGACGAACACAUCAUCGCAUGCGGUUUUAGGGCAAGAUAG